GUCCCACGUGACCGAAAAAAUCGAAAUGGUGGACGUAUCGGGACGCAGGAUCCCGUCGGAGACGAAGGACGAUAAAGCUGGGCAAGGGCCCCCGUGUGAUCCGUGUGAUCGGUGAUCGGUGGUGACCGUGCGUGAAUCUGCGCGGCGGGCAAGCGUGCAUAUCUCGCGCGAGGUGUGUGCCGCGGCGGCCGGAGAUUAGAUUUAGAUUCGCCGCGAUUUAGAGCGCGUCCGCGCGGCCCCCCAGGCCGGUGCGCGCUGCGGAUCAAUCCCUGCGACGACGACGACGACGGCGACGACGACGACGACUACGACUACGACGACAACGACGACAACGACCUGCUGCUGCUGCCGAUCGCGCGCACCGACCACGGCAAACGUGUGUUUACCCCAAGUGUCAACUCGCGUCCGUAUUGUACGGUGCCCGUGUCCCCAGGGCCGACCGCUCGACCGAGAAAAACGGAGGCUGACGUCGGAGGCGCGCGCGAUCAGCGUUUGUCGCGAGCAGCGGGCCGGUCGGCGACGUGAGCCGCCCGCGCGACUCUCGGGAAGCGGAUGCGACAAGGAGAGAAGGCGAUCGCGAUCGGACGGAUAGAAAGAGAGGGCGAGAGCGAAAGAGAGAAAGAGAGAGAGGGGCUCCUCUCCACGCGGCGACAGCAACAGCAGCAGCAGCAGCAAGAGGGUCCUUUGACCCACAACAACAACAGCAACAACAAUGCCCUGCUCCCGGAGGAGGACGAUGCGUCGCGAUCAAGGAGAUAGAACACUUUUCUGACUUAGAAAAAGCUUUGUGCAAUAGAUGGAAAUGAUACAGCCGCAACUGCGUAAACUAUUGCAAUAAAACAUGCUGAAAUACUCAAGAAGCACGAGAAUAUUUACAAUACGCUGAAGACCUUGGAUUUUUGUCAGAAACAAGGAAACUAUGUUACUGCCUACCAACAAUAGCACACCCACGCUUGUCACCUGUUCAGUGAAUGUUGUGAUAGUAAUUUAAAUGCUGUCAGAAAGAGGUUGCAAUGAACAGUCCGUGUUAAACGCAUGAUAUUCAGAUAAAACAGGCUAUUCCACAACUCUAAAAAUACUCUAACUCCUAAUGAACAAAUCAGGAACAAGGACCUAUCGAAUUGACUGAAUUCUACUAAAAAAAAACAAGAAUAAAAUAUUUCUUUAACGACUCUAUUUUAUUACAUUAAUAAUUAUUAAUCAAUGAUUGGAAUACUCUCUACGAUAUAUUGACAAAAACCUAAAAAUAAUUUCAAAGGGUUUUACAACUCCUUACUGAUAUGCAUUACAACCAGAAGAGAGAGAUACAAAUUUUUAUUUUAUAUCACACAGAUUUAUUUUUAAAACUUAAGUGAUACAAAGUGAUACAAUUAUUUUUUGAAACCUAGCCAAUUGGCAAGUGUAUUUGGCAAGAAUAAAUAAUUCAGAUUGCAUCAAAAGUAUAUUAAACUUAACGCGUGUAAAUAAUCAUAAACAUUGACGUUAUAUUGUUGCAAGCUUGUAAAACAAAAUGUAUAAUAAUUAUUUUAAACGCUUGAAUCAGUGGUUGUACAUAACGAGUAAACAAGAAGAAGGAGAGACAACGUAUUUGAAAUAUUAUAUAGAUGAUAGAGGACAUACUUGCUAACCCUCUUCGAUACAAGGGUUAAAAAUGGACAACAGUGGAUCUGGAGUAGUGCAAGUAUUUGUGGGUGAAUGGAGCCCCGAAUAUGAGGCACUUUCCAUUAAAGCCACGAAACAAACUUCGUCAGCUGAGAUAGUAGAAUGUAUUAUUGAAAGACUCGGACUGGUUGACGCUUCCGUUUCGAAUGGCUAUGAGUUAGCAGAAGUGGUAGGGAAUUCUGUUGGGCAGGAAUGUAAGGAAAGAAGACUUGGCCCCGCCGAGUGCCCCGUAGCACUCAUGUUACUGUGGCCAAAAAAUGAUACUCAGCAAGAAUACUAUAGAUUUUAUCUACGAAAAAAGCAACCAGACUAUUUAUGGUCUGACAGUAGAUUUCCUAUGGAUCCUCAACUCCUAAAGGACUAUUUUAAUAGAUUCCUUUAUCAACCACGUGACAAGGAAUACCCAGAUUUGUGCCAGCUUCCAGAUCUGAAUGAACAAACGCUAUUGGAUAAUCUGAGGGCAAGGUUUUUGGCUGGCAACAUAUAUACUUAUGUUGGCAGCAUACUAAUUGCCUUGAAUCCAUUUAAAUUUUAUCCCAUCUACAAUCCCAAAUACGUGAAAUUAUAUCAAAACAGAAGAUUGGGUCCAGAUAUACCUCCUCAUAUAUUUGCCAUAGCCGAUGCAGCUUAUCAUUGUAUGCUUAAGGAGAAGAAGAAUCAGUGUAUCGUUAUUAGCGGUGAAAGCGGUUCUGGUAAAACGGAAUCAACGAAUUUCUUGUUGCACCAUUUGACAGCACUUAGCCAAAAGGGUUCGCAUGGCAGUGGUGUGGAACAGACAAUACUCAGCGCUGGACCUGUUCUGGAAGCGUUUGGCAAUGCAAAAACGGCUCAUAAUAAUAACAGCAGUCGCUUUGGAAAAUUUAUUCAAGUAAAUUACAAGGAAAAUGGAAUGGUCCACGGUGCUGUGGUUCAAAAAUAUCUUUUGGAGAAAUCAAGGAUUGUUUCUCAAGGACGAAAUGAAAGAAAUUAUCACGUGUUUUAUUAUCUGUUGGCUGGCGCGAACGAGCAAGAGAAACAGUUAUUGCACUUGGAGAGCUGUGAUCGGUACAAUUACUUAAAUAAAAGCGGUUGCUACGGACUGGAAAAUAUCGACGAACGACAUGAAUUCUCGAGAUUAAAACAAUCUAUGGAAAUGGUGGGCUUUACAGCAGAGAAGCAAAGGCGACUCUUUGCAGUUCUAUCAGCAGUUCUUUUGUUAGGUAAUGUUGAGUUUCAACCGAGAAAAUCAUAUCAUCAUCACGAUGAGGCUGUAGGUGUUAAAAAUCCAGAAGUAGUUGCAUUGAUAUCGGAGCUUCUCCGAGUUAAACAAGAAACUCUGUUGGCUGCACUUACCGCCAAACGUGCCAGAGCUUCCGGAGAGACUUUAGUUAUUAACUACAGACUUCCCGAAGCGAUUGCGGCACGCGAUGCCAUGGCAAAGUGUCUGUAUGGAGCUUUAUUUGAUUGGAUUGUAUUGCAGGUGAAUCAUGCUCUGCUUUCUAAAAAAGAUACUCUCAGAGAUCAUCAAGGAAAUAGUAUAGGUGUAUUAGACAUAUUUGGCUUUGAAGAUUUCAAAACGUGCAACAGUUUCGAGCAAUUGUGCAUCAAUUAUGCGAAUGAACAAUUACAACAUUACUUUAACCAACAUGUUUUUCAAUACGAACAACGAGAAUACAGAAAGCAAGGAAUUAGAUGGACGGAUAUAGGGUACAGCGAUAACUCCGGAUGUCUCAAUCUCAUCGAAGGAAAACCGAACGGUCUCUUGUGUGUACUUGACGACCAGUGCAACUUUCCUGGUGCAACGAACGAGACGUUGUUGCAGAAAUUUAACACUGUGCACAAAGAAAAUCCGUUUUAUGAGGCACCGCAGCGUCGAGAAGCGGCGUUUGUUGUACGUCAUUAUGCCGGUGCGGUCAAAUAUCAAGCUGCCAAUAUGAGGGAAAAGAAUCUAGAUUUGAUGCGACCCGAUGGUGUUGUCGGAGUAUUGAAAAACUCCUCUCUCGCUUUCGUGCGGGAAUUAGUCGGCGCUGAUCCAGUCGCCGUAUUCAGAUGGGCCAUACUGCGAGCCUUCUUCCGCGCUCACUUUGCAUUUCAAGAAGCCGGCCGAACACACAGACAUGGUAGAGUUGAUGGAAACAAGACGUCUGUACAAAACAGAUACAGGAUACCCAACGAGAAUUUAAUAAGCCAUCUUGUGACGUUGUCGACAGUCAAUCUAACUAUUAACCGAAUUGCUUCACACAAACAUACUCGUCCAUCAAGUUAUCAGAAGCAACGCAGUGUAUGUUUACCACCGGCUACUACUCCUUCUGCCACAUUAUCUUCUAUACAAAUAGAAAACAACGACAGUAUAAACAACAAUCGUCUAUCGUGGCCACAAUUUAGAAACAUUAAUCAGACGCAACACCCAUCAAACGUUACGUCGACGAAGGGCGGUUAUAUAUUACGGGGCAGGGAAGACCAGUCCCAUAUUAAUAAUAAAUUCAGACGAGAUAUUCACACACCGCUAGAGAGGGUGCUUCCAAAAGACGAAGCAAAUGUCAUGGAACGCGCUAAUCAGAUUGUCAUGAAAAAUAAAUCGUUCCGGCCAAGGGAACGCGGUAAGAAAGGUCUGAAAAAUCUGCAAACUGUUAAGACACUCGCGGGAAGAACUCAAAGUUACGGUACUGGGCCGGGAAAAGCCAGAAAGCAGCCUAUGACUGUUUCCGCACAAUUUCAGCAGAGUUUGCACAGUUUGAUGGACACCCUGAAUCAAGCAAAUCCUUUCUUCAUCAGAUGUAUUAAGAGCAACGCCAAUAAAGUAUCAAAUGAAUUUGAUGAGGAAACGGUGCAACGACAGCUACGUUAUACGGGCAUGUUGGAAACUGUCAGAAUAAGGCAGGCCGGUUUCAACGUGCGACUAACGUAUGAGGAAUUUAUACAACUUUAUCGAAUGCUGCUUCCUAAAGGUCUUCUGAGCUCACAAUCUGACGUGAGGGACUUCCUAUUGACUCUUAAUCUCAACAGAGAUAAUUAUCAAUUGGGUACCACUAAGGUCUUCCUCAGAGAGUCUGAAAAGAUCAAGCUAGACAUUGAACUCCAUCAACAAAUCAUAACGAGCAUUACCACUAUACAGAAAUGGUUCCGCGCUUGUCUGGAAAGGAGAAAAUUCCUCAGAUUAAAGAAUGCCAUUGUACAAAUACAAUCUUUCUGGAGAAUGGUCUCGGCGCAGCGUCUAGCACAGGUUCUUCGUGCAAGAACCGAAGCUGCAUUACAUAUACAGACUGCCUGGAGAAUGUACAAACAACAUAGCUGGUUUAAAAAGUUGAAGUCGUGCGUAAUUACCUUCCAGGCGUACAUCAGAGGAAACAACGCCAGGAAGAAAUUCAAUGAAUUGAAAAAACGAAAAAGAUCUUUACCAGACAAAAUUCAAGAAGUCAAGAAAAUUCAAGAGUACAAGGAACUUGUAUAUGAUAAAGUGUGCGCCAAAGAUAGCGAAGAGUUAUUCGCGGAAGAUCGAAGUCUGACGGAAUACGGCGAAUCACCGCGAAAAAUAGAAUCUCCAAAUCGACUCACAUCAUCAAGGAGCGAUAACGCGUAUCGAGACAGCGCUUUGGAUACAAAUAUCUCAUAUUCCAAACGAAAGCUCACUCCGAACAAGCGAAUUUUGCGCGAUGCACCGUUGAAAAAUACUGAAAUGCAUCAUUUCGACGAGAUUACAGAACGUAAGAGUAGUCUCGAGAGUUUGACCAGUCUAAGGAGUUACGAAUCUCAAGCCAGCGUCAACAGUUCUGAAUCGCAAGAGAAUUCCGGCUCGAGGCCCGUGCCGAGUACGAGGACAAAACGCACUGAUCAUUCGCUGGGGGUUGUAAAUUUAAUGAACGCGUCCAGUCGGCUUUCUUCAACGAGUAGAAGAACUGACAGUUCCUCAACGGGCUAUAGCGAUGGCGAGGCCGAAAGCGAGACACCGAGCGCUGUACAAAGUGCUCCACCUGUUUUCAAUACGAGUCCACCAUUCAGUUCGCGCGACGUCAAGCACCAUCCUGCCAACGUGAACCUGACGCACAGUCCAAAUUCGGAUAUUUGGCGUCGUAGAGUAGACUAUUCGCCCACCAAUUACAGUGACUAUUUCAUGUCGGUACCUCAGAAAGCAACCAUUACCCGUUCUGCGAACGUUUCCCAUUACAAGAAUAUGACGGAUAAUGUUUUCGAACAAGUCCGACAAGAGAAACCCAACGAAGCGGCAAACUAUAAUGUCAAACUUGACACUAGCGAUCGCUUCGUUCAGAUGGAAAGCUUAGCGAGCGGCAGACAACAACGUGGACUGAAUGACAACAACCUAACUAAUGAACGAAUGGAAAAUAUUCCAAUAUCACCGGCAAAGCGAGAUCAAACCAAGCACGGAUCUACUAAAAAUAUUAAAGAUCUUAGCUACUUGCGGCGACAAAACUCGGAAGGAGAUACUGCGAUGAAAGUCGUGAACGUCAACGACGACAGUACUUUGAAGAGCACUUUAUUAAGAGGAUCAUCUCCGAAAGAAAAGAACUCGCAUUCAAAGGAGAAAUACGAGCCAGAUGUGCCAGUGAGAAAUGCAAGACGAAAUAGACCUUCGAGAGAGGUUCAGUGUCGAUCCAUGGGCGAGAGCGUAGUCGAAACUAACAUGGAAACGCGAAAUCUGCUUCUGGGUACGAUUAAAGAAAGCGACUUGAAUAAAACGACAAACGUGUGGUCUCGGAAAGAAUACCCGCACGAGACUGCUUCUCGAUCCGUUACGGAUUGGCCCAUGAAUAAGAAUGAAGCUACGUACAAGGUACAGCAACCCGGUAAACGCAUGAGAUCCAACGCGAUAACGACUCUCGAGCUACGAAGAAGAAACUCGGAUCCAGCCACGAAGAUCUCAGGUCUAAGUGAGGAUAAAAUGGGACAUGAUGCCAGCUCGAACGAUCUGAAACUAGCUCCUGGCAUGAAUCUUCUCGAAUGGAAAGGUACUAAUGUAUUUACUUUGGCCGGUCAUCGUUUCCGAAAAGUAGCAAGGUUUGCAAAGGAUGACGUAUGCGUGUGUUGUCAUGAAAAAAUGGACGCGUUCGUGACACAAGGCUACAAAUGUGUCGACUGCAAGCAAUUGUAUCAUGUCAAGUGUAUUCAAAACGGUGGAGUGUUGAAAAUGCCAUGUUUAUUGGCCAAUACACCGAACAGACGAAAAAAUAGAAAACCACCGCGCACACCGUACGAUACUACGAAACAAACGGUCGCGUCCAAGUUCAAUCUAACCGGCACUUCAGCCUUCUCCGACAGCACUGAUAAGAUCAUCUCGGACGCUAAGGAGUUAGCGCUGAUGCAAGACUUUAUCACUAAGAAGAUCUAUAAAAUGGAGAGUCAAGAGGAAGGACGGAAACCAAGCGAGGUGGAUCGUGUUUUCAAGCAAGCUCUUAGGAAAUUCAAGGAUGACCUGGUGAUCACAUACAGCGUCGCUAUACAGCAAGGCGUAGAAGGCAACAUCAAAUACACCGAUUUAAUCGCCAAUUUUUUGCAUGUUAUGGAAACUGUUUGCAAACAAGAAAACACAAGGGAAGAUUUCCCUGUAACGAUGGGUGUGAAUGCAUUCAGAGGCUUUAUGAAUGAAUUCAUGGCGAUGAUUAAAACUGAAGCUCUCGAAAAGCAAAGCAAGAGUAAACGAAAAAAGGAAAAGAAGCGAAAACAGGAAGAACCUAUACGACACGGCAGUCACAUGUUCCAGUUGACUAUUAUUAACAUACCCACCGCCUGCGAAGUCUGCACGUCUUUCUUCAUGUGGCCUAUCGAGCGAGGACUUGUUUGCCAGAAUUGUAAAUUGACAUGCCACAAAAAGUGCUAUAUGAAGGCGUCGGCAGAGUGCGGCAAAGACGGUUCUCUACCUGAAACGAAUUCACGCAAAGUAUUUGGUGUACCUUUAUACAAGUUGGACUGCGGUGAUGGCAAAGUACCACUCGUAGUAGAUCGAUUGAUCACAACUAUCGAGAUGCACGGUCUCUAUACCGAGGGUAUAUAUAGAAAGAGCGGCGUCAGUUCCAAAGUGAGAGAACUCAAAAUGAAAAUGGACGAGGGCGACUUAGAGAAAGUGGAUUUUGAAAACUAUCAAGUGCAUGUUCUAGCAGCGGUGUUGAAGAGUUUCUUCAGAGAUAUGCCGGAGCCGCUGUUAACUUAUGAGUAUUACGAUGACUUUUUGCACGCGGCAAACUUAACGGAUCCGCACGAUCGAAUCAGCACGCUUUUCGCCAUAUUGAAGAAAUUACCGAAACCCAAUUACGAUCUGAUGGAACGCCUGAUUGUUCAUUUGGCGCGAGUAGCGCGACACGAGGUGGACAAUAGAAUGUCACCAUCAGCUCUAGCCAUCGUUUUCGCACCGUGCAUUCUCAGAACGAACAGGAUGUUGCCCGCGCAAGAUUCUCUUCAAGACGUGGGCAGGCAAACGCGUUGCGUCGAAACAAUUGUGCAGGAAAAGUUGAGAGUAGUUAGGGCGACACUAGCGGACAUAAAUACCCUCGAGUCUGCUUGUCACACAGCUACUCAUCGACUUUCCAGUUUACGAUCGUCCAAGAUCUUUAGCCCAGAGGAGUUGAACGUAGCUGCCUCAAGUGUUGCGGGACGGGCAGUUGCGAUGGAUCGCGACAGGGAUCGAGGAGAUGAGGAGGAAGCGCUACUCGUCGAUCACAUACAAGAGAUCCAAAAAGAAAAGGCACUCUUGACAUCUACUCUACCCAGUCUAACGAGGGCUUCUUCGGACGAUGAUCUUCUCAUGUCAGCUACGGAUCUAGACGAUGGAUCCCUCGAUGAUCUUCUCCCAUCUUCUGACGGACUCGUAAGGAAGAAGCCCGUUCAAAGGCAAAGUUCAGCAGACAAUUCGUUUCCGACGAUUAUCAAUAUGGACGACGACAUGGUAAUGGUAUAAAUAGCGUCCGUGAAUACGUUAACGUUAAUUCUGAAUGAUUGUAACAGUCCGACAGAUGAUGCGAAAUAUCGUAUUAGGGCAGAGAAUCAAUAACUUUAAUUGCUGGUCUUUUUAGCCAAUUAUUGUGUUGAGACGCAUUAGUAAUUAUGAAUAGCUCGUAAUUUGUUGACUCCAUAAAAAAAAGGUUUAAUUGUGCGACUGAGAUAAUUCCAUUCUCUUAUCGAAGUCAGUAGAGAUGUCUAAAAGUAUUUCGUACAAUGUAUAAUUAGGAAAGAACUGCACAAAUUUUAACUUCGCCUCAUGAUUUUAUUCAUAAUGCAUUCCUUUUUUUAAAGACUGUCGAAGUAUUUAGGCGCAACGUUUCGUUCAUCUGUAGAUCCUAAAAGAAACAUUAAUGCGCCGCUUUAAACAUUUUAUAUAAUAUAUAUAUAUAUAUAUGUAAGAGAAGAAAGCACAGAAAAACUAGAAAGUAUUUAAAGAAAAGCGUACUGCUCUUAAUAUACAUACAUAUACACACAUAUGUAUACAUGUAUAUUAAGAAAUUUUCGCUUAUAUCAAAGUGAUGAGGGAGUCAUACCGAAUUACUUGUUUUUACAAAUUUACGUUCAUAAACAUAUAAUUUAUUGUUGCACCGUGUUGCAAUUCUCAGCAAACGUUCUUUUUUUACGGAGAAUCUUUUUAAUAUAUGGUGUGUAGAUGCGCUGUUCCUUUGUAAUUAUUCGUUUAGCUUUAGUAGAUCUGCCUUGAAAACCAUCUCUUCCCAAAGGAUCUACUUGUCACGUUCGAGUAGAAUCGAUAAUCGACCGUUUUGAAUUCCUGCGAGAUGUUUUUAUUGUAUUUCGUUAUGAUGUCUGACGACGAUAGCCGGUUUAAAGCGUUAGAUUUAGGCGCAGGAAUUUAAGGGACGAACAAGAGAGAAAGAGGAAACCAAAACAUAGUUUGUACAUAUUAUGCAAUAUAACAAUUUCGUAAUAAUCUGUUAUUAUUGUUGAAUUUAUGCGAGAGACGUUUAACAAGAUUAUAUUUCUAUCUGUCGAUAUUCGUUGUAGGGAUAACCACGUCGUUAUCGGGUCUCUACCGGUUUUAGUUUCUUCUCUGGAUUGAUUUUUACUUAACGCGUUUUUUUCUCAUGUUCAAGUGCAUCCCAGAGACAUGUGUGCGUAUGUAAAUAAAAACGCACACGUUACAUACAAGUACUUAUGUACAUAUAUAAAUUUGCGCACGAGAGUAAUCAAACUUUUUCGCUCGAGAUUUAUUGCAUUUUUUAAAAUUUUGUUUUAAUUUAUAUGUGUAUAUGUAUACACACACACACAUACACAUACACACACAUGAAAUAUAUGUAUACAUAUAUGUACAUUACUCAGUGUGUCUUAGAUCUUUAUCGAUAUUCUUUUUUUUCACGAUUUUGUUUACGCUGUCUUCUUCCUCCAUUCGUAGGAAUUCGUAACUCAUGCCACUUCGUGCGCAAUAGUCUAACGAUUGGAGAAAAUCGACAAUGUGAAAGGAAAGUGGGUAAAAGAGAUUUCGAUCUCGCGUAAUAGAAGUCUCUAUCCAAUAAGGAUAAUCAGAUCAGGUCUCCACUUAUGUACCACGAACUUAAUUGAAUUCCCGUGCGAAUUAAUAGUUACGCUUGAUGAUGAUCCCAGAUAUUGGUCAGUGAAUUGAGUCCUCCCUUUUUAUUUCUUCUCUCGGCCCCGGUUAGCAAUCGAAUAUAACGAUAUUUUCAAUUAUAAUGGAUACAGUAGAUGGAUGGAGAAUUUAUCAUUACGGGCGCGAGAGUGACCUAUAUAAAUUUUUUAUUCAUUAUUUCUGAUCGCAUACAUCAUACGUUUUGUUGCAUCCAAUCACCAAAGACUCGACGCGCAGUUAUUUUUUCAUUCUUGUAUUUACGUCAAUCCAAUAGUUUUUUUUUUUUUUUUUUUUUUUUUUUUUUUAAUUUGCGUGCAUCGUCCGCUUUUUAAUACUGAAGCGCCCUAUAUUUUUAAUUGCCUUCGCGUAUACUUUAAAAGAAUGAAACUUAUAUUUCCGUCCUCUCUCUCGACUAGAUCGACCGUUACGUUUGUGCAGCAGGUGAAUAUUUUAAGUUUCGCGUAUCGGCAAUCGAUGACGAGGUAAAAACUUCUUUUUCCAUUCAAUUAAAUCCCGUCUUUGAGUAUACUGGACUACGCGCGACUUUUAUCCGGAUAACUUUUAGGAUUAAGUCGAAUAAUUAAAAAAAAAAGAAAAAAGCAAAAAAAAAGAAUCGUUCGUUCUUCCAGAGCAUCUUAUUUUUCCCUCAACUCGCAAGGACCCAUCUGCGCGUUUACGUUCGUUUUAAGAAUAAUCGACUCGGCGAUGAUGAGUAUCCAAGCGAUUAUCAUCACGUCAAAUCGAUCCUCGAUCGUUUUAGACGGUCUCGGGAAACGAGACGACUUUAAAUUGCCUUUUUACAAUCAAUAAGUUUUACGAAGUAUAAGCUAAGGUAAAUCGUUAUGAAAUCGUCUUCACUUUGCGUGGGGGGGGAUGGGGGGGGGGAGUAAAUCGUAGAGUGAUAUGUAAAUGUAACGUUAUCUUUCUCAUCUAUAAAGCCAUGACAUCGUGCUCGCGAUGCACAAAUGACUUUAAGCGAAGCGGAACGAUCUUAACGGGACAAAAAUUUCAUAUAUUAUAGAAGAUACCUAUAUAUAUUUUUGUUACGUCCACCGAAUAAGGUUCUAGUGUGUGUCGUCCUACGUUAAUAUAUUAAUCGCGAGUGUUAAUGCAUUGGGAUUUCAUCCGGUAUGCGGUAUGUUAAGAGAAACAUUUUCUUUUAUAUGCGACUGAUUGUUAUUUCGUUGAAGUGUCCUCCGACACAUGCGGUUGACUCAAAGUUUGAUUUCACUCACGUUUUUUGGCUAGUCCGUUGUUACGACAUCGAAAUAUAUCGAAUUGUUGAUUUAUUUCUCAUCUGUCCUGCGAAUAAUAUAACCGAGCAAUCUAUAUUCUUUGAGAAUUUUAUUAGACAGUGGACAGAACGUUUAUAAUAAUAGAUAUUAAACAUAAAUCGUUAGGCAUAAAUUACACACGCACACACACAAACACACACGCACACGCACACACACACACACACACACACACACACACACAACAGACUACUUUGAUGUGACAGAACUGAGUUAGUCGCGUAAGAUAAAAAAAAGAAACUAAUUAUCGUUGUAUAUGUAAAGUAUCAACUCUACACAAGCACAUACGCUUCUUUACUGUGGAAAGUGCUUCGCUCUUGUGAUUCACUCGCGCGAGGUGAGCGAGAAACGAGAUUUCCUCGACGUUCCUUACUUACGGAGCGAAAAUCUCGAACGGAGCUGUUCAAAUAAAAAAUUGCAAUAAAAUCCGCGCCUCUUUUUCUCAAAGUUUCCACCAGCGUGUCUAAUUAAAUAUAAUUAAGAGCCUACACCAAGUAUACUGGUCCCCGCAAAUUCUCGUUCGAGAUUUUCGCAGCCGCGGAUACAUCUUAUCCGAGACUGUAAGAGUACAUCGGUUGUAGUAUCGUAAGGGCAGUGCGCAACAACUCUUCAUGACAAUAUCGUUCCGCAGAAAGUCGCAAUUUCCGAUACACCCCGCAGCUACUGCAACGACAACGGCGAUUCUCGCGCUCUUCUCUCUUCUUCCGUUUCACGCUCUCGUGUGUGCUCUCUUUCUCUCUCUCUCUUUCUCUUUCUCUCUCUUUUAAUUUGCUUCGUCGAGUGUUUCAUCGCUAAUCGCGGACGUGUCGACGAAGCAGCACGUCUACGUUCGAUCUUCUCGGUCAUCGGGAAUCGAGGCAGCAGCGAGUGUAGACGAAAAUGUGUCGCGAAUAUGGGAAAUCGAACCGAGAUCGAUGCUGCGCUACUCGGCCGAAUUUUUGAAAUACGCUUAUUAUAAAUAUAGGUAAAAAUAUAUGCUCGCUGUCACACGCGUGCGUGCAUGCGUGCAUGCAUGCAUGCAUGCGUGUGCGAUUCGUGUUUGAUUCCCGUUCGCCAAUCGUUCGAAGCUGCAUCGAUUCCUCUCUCGCUUGAAGACGACUAACAAUGAAAAUAUUCUUGCGCUCUAAAUCUUGAAUACGUCAUGCGAUUGACGCGGGUUGCUUAAAAGAAAAAAAAGAACAAAAUCCAACAAGAGAGAGACAAGAGAGACAAUCGGAGAAGAUAGUAGUUUUAAUUCUCAAUGAUCGUUGAGAUGUCGCGAUAUUAAUGCUCUUCCCUGUUUGUAUCUUGACGUAAAUCUAAGAGGACGACAGUGAGCAGGACGUCUGCCGAUUGCUCGAAUCACAUAUAUCACUAUACAGGAUGUUUUAUAUCGGAAAACAUAUAUUUUCUUGUAUACUUUGUGCUUAUGAAAAACCGACAUAUAGCUUAAAGUGUAUUUUUGAUUAUAAUCUAUCUAAAGCUAAAUUAAAA